CACGCAUGUGCCAUACCUGCACAACCGAACGUGAUCGUUGCGUUUAGCCGCGCCUACAACCCAUGUGAUUGGUCGGUACUGACAGGCAUGUGCAAUAACCUUGCAGGGGAUGGUCAGGUCAAAGGGCGUUGCCAUGAUGCUGCGUUGUACCCUGAAGCCAUGGAGUACACAGGCAGUAGCUACAUCGGAGACUAUCACAAUGGCAGGAUGGAGGGCAAAGGGGUGUAUACCCUGCCAACAGAAACAAGAUAUGAGGGAGGAAUGAAAGAUGGCAUGUUUCAUGGCUACGGAACCCUUUACUUUCCAAAUGGAGGCAAAUAUGUCGCCACCUGGGACAGAGGUGCCGUAAUACAGGGUAACUAUAUAUUUGCAGAUGGAUUGGAAUAUGAAGGAGACGACUGGAUGUAUUGUGAUCACUAUGACAGACGCUUUUACACUGAAAUAUGUCAUGGAUUGAAACCAGCAGGUCGAUCUCAACUCACAAAUCUGGAUCCACCUAGGACAAUUCCAGAAGGACAUUAUGAUUGUGGUGAUGGCUUUUAUAAUCCAUUAACCAGAGUAAUCACCGGUUAUGAUGGUGAAUUUCUUCGUAAUGCUGAUGAUGAUGAGCAUGAAUGGAUAGUCCGGACCUGUCGGAAGGGUUGGGAUCAGAUAACGGGAUACAGGCCUGAACUGCACCAGCAACAGCUACCCAGAUACCCUUCAUGAUUGGGGUUGAACAUAUGGUACCCAUGAUAAUGCCUCACUGUAUCCUCAUUCCUUUGGUGUUAUACAACAAAAACUAAAGAUGUUGCUUAAUUUAAGUGCUUCUCACACGCUAUCUUUUAUUUUAAAAUGAUAAAUUCAUUCAACAAUUAGCUUUAUAAAAGUAUGUUUCAUUUCAUUGGAGACUCUAAUAAAAUAUUAACUGCAGUCUUUCGUGAGUAUUUAUGUUUAUCAUAAAUUUCAUAAAAUUUCAAUUUAACAUUUUUUCUGUUCUGAUAACUAUUAAACACAGUUUUGAUUUGAUAUAUUCAAGAAGUAAAUUGAACAGUGUUUAUGCUGAUAUGUAUAUAGGUGCACUUGAUAUUUGUUAUAUAAAUCUGUUCUGCUAAAGUUGUAGUUGAUCCCCAAUCUGGUUAGCCUAAAAUAGAUUAUCACUACUGUACUGAUUUACAGGAUUACCAACUUAAGCCAAAUUCAAACCCCAGUUGAGAUCCUCUGAGAUUCAUGAUUAUUGACUGUAACUUUGGUUUGCAUUAUUUUCUUUGAAUGCUGUUAAUGUUUUCCUGGCAAUACUUGAGGAUAGCCACUCCAUUUUAUAUAUAUGAUUGUGAGGUGGAAAUAUUGUGCUUCAGGGGUCACAUACGCCUACACAACUGUGCACCAGUAAAAAGUAAUUAAAUGCAAUUGUGGUGGAA